AUGAAGGGUAUUCUGAGGUUUAGUAGGAAAGGAAAGUUGAGUCCGAGAUUCAUUGGACCUUUCGAGGUCCUGGAACAAGUUGGCCCUGUAGCUUACCAUUUGGCCUUGCCCCCAACAUUGUCUUCAGUUCAUAAUGUCUUCCAUGUUUCGAUGCUAAAAAAGUAUGUGGCAGACCCGUCCCAUAUAUUUGACUACGAGCCCUUACAGUUGAAUGAUAACUUGAGCUACAAGGAGAAGCCCAUAAAGAUUCUUGCUAGAGAAGUAAAGACAUUGCCCCAUCGAGAAAUUGCUUUCGUGAAAGUUCUAUGGCAGAACCAUCAGUUCAGGGAAGCCACCUGGGAGCGAGAGGACGAGAUGAAGGCCCAGUACCCGGAGCUUUUUCAAGGAUGA